UGUGGCAGCCAUAUUUUAAUGUGUGGCCAGGGGGUCAGGGGGAAUGUUUUGUUGAGAUAAAGUAGCUUGAGCAACAAUACGAUUAUUUGAUCGAUUUCGAACGAAAAAAAUGAGCCUGGUUUUUGUUAGUUUUCUGCAUUUUUUGAGCCUUUGGCCUUUUACCACACACAAUUUUACAAGUGGUAUUGAUCGGCCAUAUGCAGUGUUGUAAUGCCCUCCAAUGUCUGAAACAGCAGCAAAAUCAGCAGCACAGCAGGACUCUGGGCUGGUCAUUUCACAAGAUCUGACAGGAGAACAGCGAUUGCGCCAGCUAGAAGCCCUGUUCCUGGGUGGACCUAUCCAGGGACAUGGACAGAGCUUCAGUGUUGAAACUCUCCUGGAUGUCCUGCUCGUGCUCUAUGAGGAGUGCUGCAACUCUUCGCUGCGAAGAGAAAAGACAGUAUCCGACUUCAUCGAAUUUGUGAAACCUGUUGCAACGACUUUAAAAAACUUACGUCUCACACGUGAUGACUUUGAGAUAGUGAAGGUGAUUGGACGAGGAGCAUUUGGGGAGGUGUGUGUAGUGAAAAUGAAAGGUUCGGACAAAGUGUUUGCAAUGAAGAUUCUUAACAAGUGGGAAAUGCUGAAACGAGCUGAGACAGCAUGCUUUCAGGAAGAGCGUGAUGUCUUAGUAUAUGGCGAUCGUCGUUGGAUCACCAAUCUUCAUUAUGCCUUUCAGGAUGACAACAAUUUGUAUUUGGUGAUGGACUACUACUGUGGAGGCGAUCUUCUGACACUGCUUAGUAAAUUCGAGGACCGUCUGCCUGAAGAUAUGGCUCGCUUUUACAUUGCUGAGAUGGUCCUUGCAAUUGGUUCAAUUCAUGACUUACACUACGUUCAUCGAGAUAUAAAGCCUGAUAAUGUGCUCUUAGAUGCUAAUGGACAUAUUCGUUUAGCAGAUUUCGGUUCUUGCCUGAAGUUGUUUGAAGAUGGCACUGUGCAAAGUAACGUUGCUGUCGGUACUCCAGAUUAUAUUUCACCAGAAAUUCUGCGGGCAAUGGAAGACGGUCAAGGAAGGUAUGGGCCAGAAUGUGACUGGUGGUCAUUAGGUGUAUGUAUGUAUGAAAUGUUGUAUGGAGAAACACCGUUCUAUGCAGAGUCUCUCGUGGAAACAUACGGAAAGAUCAUGAAUCAUAAGAAUUGUUUUGAUUUCCCAAGUGACCCAGGAUAUGAAGUAUCUCAGGAAGCCAAAGAUCUUAUGAAAAGUCUUAUUUGCAGUUCAGAGUAUCGAUUAGGACAACAUGGUAUUGAAGACUUCAAGAAUCAUGCAUGGUUUGCCAAUUUGGAUUGGGAUGGUAUCCGAGACAGUGUAGCUCCUUACAAACCAGAAGUUAGCAGUCCAACGGAUACAUCCAAUUUUGAUGUUGACGACACUGAUAUUCGAACAUCAGAUGCUGUACCUCCAACCGCAAAUUCUGCCUUCACUGCACUUCACCUUCCAUUUGUGGGCUUCACUUUUACGCAAGGGAGCUGCAUGUCUGAUUUGGGUUCCAUACCUCUUGAUCAAAUGUCUUCCAGCAAGUUUGAAGAGGAGAGGUUACAGCAGCUCGAAGACGAGAAUCAGCGCCUUCUUAAGAACCUUACAGAGUUGAAACGUUUACUGCAGAACCAAGGGGGAUUGUCAGGUGUCGGUGAGGAUGGAAGAAGAAUAUCUCCCACAUCCGAGAGUGGAAAUGGUAUGAGGAGAUUGCAGGAUGAAAUUAACACACUAACCAAAAAGAACUGUGAGUUGGAAAGUCAGUUGAAACAGCAGCAGCCUUCAGAUCUGAAGAGGGAAAUAACAACAGUAGAUGGAGAAGGUUCUCAAAGAGUGAGAGAAAUGGAAAAAAUGAUUAGGUUGCUGAAACAAGAAAAAGAAGAGGCACAAAAGGAUAAAGUGGACGCCCAAGAAAAGCUGAAGUUGCAGGAUAAGGAAUUGAAAGAUGCCUUAGGUCAAAGAAAAUUAGCAAUGGCUGAAUACACUGAAGUAACGGACAGGUUAUCUGAAUUGCGUCAGCAGAAGCAGAAGUUGUCACGACAAGUACGAGACAAAGAAGAAGAGUUGGAAGUUGCAAUGCAGAAGAUUGAUAGUCUUCGUCAUGACAUCCGAAAGGCAGAGAAACUUCGUCGUGAAUUAGAGGCACGGGUGGAGGAGGCAAUGGCUGAAACUGGCAAGGAACGGAAACUCCGUGAACGGAGCGAGGAAUACUGCAAGCAAAUGGAAGAAGAGACAGAGAAACUGAGGCAGAGAAACCUUGUGGCAGGAGCUGACACAUCUGCUGCAAAUCAGUCGCACGCCUCGCAGGAGAUAGUGAGGUUAAAAGGAGAGGUGGAGAAAAUUGAGGUGCAGUACAAUGAAAGCCUGGCCCAGCAGCAGAGUCGCUACAAUUUGGAGCUGGCAAGCCUGAGGGACCAGUUGCAGGAAGCAGAGAGCAGGAGGGAUGCCCUUGAAAGGGAG